AUGGGCAACCCGAUCAAUGGCGCCGGCGCGGCGACAAAUGGCCGCGCCAACGGCGGCGGCGACGACGACGAGCUGGCCGCCUACGCCGCGGCACGGCAGUCGCUCAUCCACGAGGAGAGGUCGCAGCGGUACGACUAUGCCGCCAUCCAGUCGCUCUCGCCCGCGGGCCGGCGCGCGCAGGGCAUCGUCUCGUCGAUCCGCGACCAAGAGGUGGCCAGCGUGUGGGAGACCAACAAGCCCGACGUCGCGCCGCCCACCAACAACAGCGACGGCACCACGACCACCGUCGUGCCGCACCCGCCCGUGCCCGCGCCCGCGCCGCAUCUGUCCAGGUACGCCGGGAUGGACUUCCAGGGUGCGCGCAAGGCCGGCCUGUUUCGCAGCGAGGACCUCGAGUCGGCGGCGGCGUGGCGGCGCAACCAGGACCAGCUGCGGCUCUGGCGCAUCGUCCGCCGCAUGCCAAAGGGCGCGCUGCUCCACUGCCACUUUGACGGCAGCGUCGAUGCGCGCUGGCUCAUUGCGCGCGCCGUCGAGACCGACGCCAUGUGCGUCAAGGCCAACAUGCCCCUCGUCGAUGAGGCGACCCUCUACGCCGACGACUGCCAGCUCACCUUCCUCGUCCUGCCCGCCGCCGAUGUCGAGGCGGCCAGGGGCAAGGGCGCGUCGAUCUGGACGGCCAACUACCAGCCAGACACCUGGGUCCCCUUUGGCGAGGCGCGCUCCUCGUUCCCCUUCCCGCACCCCUACCGCGACGUGGCGAGCGAGGUGCCCUCGUACCUCUUUCCGGCCCCGGCGGCGCCGACCACCGACGCGCGGCAGCGCGCCAACCGCUUCGACGCCUACGUCCACAGCCUGAUGACGCUCACGCCCUCGCUGCACCAGCCGCCGCACACCAACAGCAAGCAGGCGUGGGCCAAAUUCAUCAAGACGUUCCACGUCAUCGGCGGCCUGCUGGGCUACGAGCCGACGCUGCGCGGCUACAUCAAGCAGAUGCUCAAGUCGCACGCCCGCGACGGCAUCGCCUAUACCGAGGUGCGCAUGAACUUUUUCGACGAGGCCAUGGUGCGCGCCGACGGCCGCCGCGACCUGGGCCACGCCGAGUGGGUGCGCAUCUUUGGCGAGGCCGUCGACGAGGCGCGCGCCGAGCUGGCGCGCGACGAGCCCGACGUCGCCUUUUGGGGCGCGCGCAUCAUCUACGUGACGGUGCGCAUCGUCGACAACGAGCGGCUGCGCUGGUACUGCGACGACUGCAUCGACCUCAAGCGCCGCUUCCCGGACCUCAUUGUCGGAUUCGACCUCGUGGGCCACGAGGACCCGGGCGUACCGCUCAAGGCCUACAUUCCGGAGCUGCUGCGCUUCCGUCGCCGCGUCGCCGAGCAAGGGCUGCCCACCAUCCCGUUCGUCUUCCACGCGGGCGAGACCCUGUCCGACGGCGGACCGGCCGACUGCAACCUGUACGAUGCGCUGCUCCUCGACACGCGCCGGCUGGGCCACGCCCUCAGCCUGGCGCGCCACCCGCACCUCGUAUCGCUCGUCAAAGAGCGCGACGUGGCCGUCGAAUGCUGCCCGAUUUCCAACCAGGUGCUCGGCUACGCCUCGAGCGUCGCCAGCCAUCCGUCGCUCCUUGCCCUGCUCAACGACAACGUCGCCCUCACCCUCUCGAGCGACGACCCGUCGAUUUUCGAAAACUUCGGCCUCAGCUACGACUUCUACCAGCUCCUCGUCUCGAGCGACGCCACGUCCCUCGCCAGCCUCGGCGUCAUUGCGCGCAGGUCGAUCCGGUAUACCCUCGCCGACGAGCACCAGAGGCAAAAGUGGGAGCUCGACUUUGACCGCCAGUGGUCCGCGUUUGUCGACUGGGUCGUCGGCGAGUUUGGCGGCGGCGGCGGCGACGGCGACGCCCUGCCCAACUGA